AUGGCGCAAACCCUAGCUCGUUCCUCUCGUCAUCUCCCCAUCUCCUCGCUCAUCACCAAACGACUGAUCUCCUCCUCCUCCUCCUCCGCAAUCACUCGACCUCCUUCUCCUACCACGCUUCUCUUCUCUCGACGUCCCCUGCUCCCAAUCUCCCCUGCCGCCCGCUCCGUCAUCCCCGUAUCUCCCCCUCGCCUCACCGCGAUCCGGUGCCUGGUCAAUUCCGCCGGCAACUUGAGCGAGCGCCCUCCCGCAGCAGAGAUGGCCCAGCUUUACCCCGGCUGCGACCGCAAGCACUGGCUCGUUGUAUUUGGCGGCAAGCCCGGCGGCGAAGGAGUUACCAAGCAGCAGAUGAUCGAUCGCUACAUUAAGGCCGAAGAGAAUGCGAAGAAGAAGAUAUACAGCGUCUCUUGUGAGGGAUACUUUGGAUUCGGAUGUGAGAUUGACGAGGUGGAUGCCAACAGGCUGGAAGAAUGGCACAAACAAAUGCCCCUUAACCCCAAUAUUCGCUUCGUGUUGCCGGAUGCUUAUGUGGAUCCUGAGUACAGGGACUAUGGCGGUGAAUUGUUUGUGAACGGGGAGAUAGUUGCUAGAUCCCCAGAGAGGGAGAGGAGAGUGCGGCAGCUGCAAAAGUCGUCGUCACAGAACUAGGUACAUUAGUUGAAAAUGUUGGCAAGUUGUAUUGGUUCGGUUUUGGUCUCAAAUCUGAGCGACACUGAAAGCUGUUUGAAACUAAAUUGGUUUCGAAGAUCUGUUCAAUGGUUUGUAGGUGUUGAUCGUGCUAAGACCAAUUAGAUAAGAGGAUAUAUAGAAAACGGAAUGGGGUGUCUUUGGAUUCUCCAAACACCAAUUGCCGCACCAAGUCCGUCCUUCUCUGCCUCCAAAUGAUUUAGGCUUUGCAGCUCAGGAAUCUGAAGUGGAAGAAGGGAGAAACUCCAGCAUCCUCUGGUAAACAGAUGAGGAGAAAAGGUAGGCAAGGAUGGGAUUGGAAGGGCGAUUCAUGCAUCGAUUUGGCUGCUUCAAUCCAUCUUGUGGCAAAGCUAAUAGGUACUCAAGCUAGCAAUGCUAAUGGGCAGACUAAUAUCACAAUCCCCUUCUUCCUUCCUGUUCUGCUUCUCAGCUUCAACUUAAAUGGGGGAUUCAGAAUCAUAGGGGAUGAUGCAACCAAUUUGUAAUCCUGAAAUCCGUUGCCAAAUGUAUAAAGCAGCGCGUUUAGUACACUCGCGGCGAAGUAGCCUUAGUCCAUCAUCUUGGCAAAGCUAAUAGCCGUUGAAGCAAACAACGACUGGCUCGAUGAGGAUAACUAAGCUGACAUACCGGAGUUGGCUGCUUGUUAGCACAGCAGCAGGGUGGUGCCUUGCUGCACCAGACGCAUGGUUACGUUCGUGUUCGUGAUAGUGGAUUAACUACUAUCAUAUUCCAUUUAUUCCUGUUGUGCUUCUCAGCUUGAACUCAAAUGGGAGGGUUCUCGGAAUCAUACAAUUAAUUUGUAAUUCUAUAAUCAGUUGUCAAAUGUAUAAGCAAAACGUUAAGCAUUACUCAGCCCUCCCUGUUCUGUUCCUCUUGAAUGUCAGUAUGGUGUCGAGAAUCAUAGGGUUGGUACAGCCAGAUAAAUUUGUACAUCUGUGACUGAUUGUCACAUGAAUAAGCAGCCGUUGGUGAUGAGGUAGAGAUGAAUAGAAAUGAGAGAGAGACUAGUGUGUUAGUGAUCUGUGUUUGGAUUUGGUCAUGUGGUAAGGUAACAUAAUAUAGUGUGGAUGUUGAUGGUUUUUGGUUCUUUGGGUUUUUUUGCAG